CAGUACAAACGGUUUCAGUUGUGAAAAACGAGAUUUUUGAUGUGGGUAGAAGAGCUAUUCGGAUAAUUUCAAUAGUAAUAGUAAAAGCAACUUUUACAUUCUGUCAUCGAACUUGGUCUAGUGCAACAAUUUUAUUUACACUAAGAAUACUGUCUGAGCAGAAUUCGUACAUAUGGCGAACAUUCGCAGAGUAACAAUCCGGGUGCUCCGAUUCGGGACAAGCACUCUUGGCCGUACAGAGAAAUAGGGAGUAUCAGCGUUAUAUAUAGACCAAGUUUUGUGCACAUCUGUAGGCUACGAAACUUUAGCGUACAACGCAAACCAUAGGCAAAUGCAACAUACCUACCAAGGUCGAACCCUCGAAAACAGGGCAACAACCGCCAUCUAGUAGUCGUCGUCGGUCACUUUCAUAGAGGCGAGCGAGUGCGUAAGACGUGUUUAAGUUAAAUAAUCAAUAAGUGAAGUAAAUAGAACAACCAAGCUUCAGCGCCAUUCGGAUACGAAUAUCCUGCCUAUCACAUGUUUGCUAUGUAAAUCCGUCAGAUAGCACUGCAUUGAAUUUUCUCCACAACGAAAUAAGCUAGGAUCGUAAAUAAUCAUGAUAAGGCCACAGCUUGGUCAACUAUUAUGUUCACGAUCCAAACGACAGGAUGAGUGAGAGGUCAACUUUAUUACGAAAUCUGAUGUAAUUCUGAACUAUUUACUGUAAUAAAUGCAAGUUAAUGGAAAGCUCCAGAGACAGUAAGGCUUUCGCCAUUGCCGGAGUAACUUAGUCUAGUGUGGCAGAUCACAACGUAAAGAUGCCAGAGGAGAAGCAGAUCAGUGUAACAUUCGACGAAGCCCUCUCUAUGGGAAAGUUUGGCAAGUGCAACUACAUCCUUAUUCUAGUUGCGGGAGCGAUCGUAUCUGCUGUUUUGUUCGAAACUAUAGGUACAAGUUUCGUGAUAGCAGUCGCAGGAUGCGACCUACAAAUGACUACACUACAGAAAGGAGUGCUCAGUGCCGUAGUGUUCUUAGGCAUCAUCGUCAGCUCUCACCUCUGGGGAUUUCUGGCAGAUACCCAGGGCCGAAAAAAGGUUAUCGUUUCAACACUAUUUCUGACAUUCGCUACGACUUUCGUCUCCAGUUUUGCCAACUCCUUUUGGACGAUAACUGUUGGUCGAUUUUUUGCUGGAUUUUUCAUCUCUGGACCAUCGGCAACUAUUUACGCCUACCUCGGAGAAUUUCACAACCAUCGCAACGGGUCUCGAGCCAUUAUGGGGGCAGCUUUCGUAUCGGGGAUCGGAUGCCUAUUUUUGCCCGUGAUCGCAUGGCUCAUAAUCAACCAGAAUUGGGAACUUCCGAUUCCUUUUCUUGACAUUGUUUACCGUCCGUGGCGCUUGUUUCUGGUAGCCUGUGGUCUUCUAGGUCUGAUAAGUGGUUUUGCUUUACUGUGGCUACCGGAAAGUCCAAAAUUUGUGUACCACCAUGGUAAUCUAGAGCAAACUAUCCGAACUAUCCAGUGGAUGCAUCGUAUGAAUUCAGGUCGGAGGGAACCAUCUCUUCAGAUCAACUCGAUCGUAGUGGACGAAGAGGAUCAACAGUUCGAGGAACGUCUACGUCAGAUGAGCAACGCCAAAGGAUUCCGAGCUUUUAUGAAAUUAAUCUGGGAUAAGACCGCUCCAUUGUUUAGAGUCCCGUACUGGACAAAAACAGUACUCGUGUGUUUCCUUCACUUCGGUGCAUAUUUGACAUCUCACGGCAUGUUUAUGUUCUAUCCGGAUAUAGUGAACCAGCUGAUGGAAAUUCACGAAACCGGUAUCAAUAGGACGACUGUGUGCGAAGCCGUCUACACUCGAAGGUAUCUGGCUCAGUCGGAAUUCGCAGAGCUAGGUUGCUCGCAGCAGUUGGACCUGGCCGCGUACGAAUAUACACUGAUACUGGAGGUGCUAUUUACUGUGCUAUUCGUACUGAUCUGGAUGUUGAUUAACGUAGUGCAGAAACUUACCAUUUUGGCAGUUAGUUUCUCCUGUUGCGGUCUCGCGGGACUGAUGAUAAUUUUUGUUGACAUUCCGGUAGUUUCCAUAUGGUUGUACACUGUGAUGCUCUUAGCUGCCGCUUGCGGGUAUGUGAUAAAUGCCUUCAUAGUGGAACUGUUCCCGACGAACAUUAGGGCAUUGGCCGUGUGUAUUUCCUUGAUGUUUGGACGGCUGGGAACUGUCGUUGGAACGAAUAUGCUCGGGCUGCUGCUGGACAGUUACUGCGAGUUUACUUUUGCGAUUAAUGGGAUGUUAUUGCUGGUGUGUGCUGUACUAUCCUUUUGCAUCUCUAAAAGUCAUAAUCGCAAAGAAUCUGAGUUUAAGCCGAACUCGAAGCAGAAUUCUUCGGGGGAUUAGCAAAUACAUUUCAAUGAGUGAUCAUUUAAAUGCAACAAUACUUAAGUGGUUUGCACUCAUUCCAAAUUUACUACAUGUUACCGCAACGUAGAUGAAAUCGUUUGGAAACUUCGUCCGGCAAUAAGAUAUCCGUGUGAAUAGGGUCGUUAAGCCACGUGUUUUUGUUCAUUUCCGAUGCAUCCAACACUAAUGAUAUUAAUCAAUUUUUUGUGUAUGAAGUGAUAAAUAAUAAAUAUUUUUUGUAAUUCAAUAA